UCCUCAGCACCACCAUGAAGCUCCUGGUUCUCCUGACCGUGCUGGGCGCCGCCUCGGCCCAGUACCAGCUGUACACUGGAGCGUGGCCGUACACCGGGUACAACGCCCCGCUGGCGCACAACGCGUACCACGCGCCCAUCACCACGUACGCUGCCCACCCCUUCGCGUACCAUGGCCUGCCGUACUCGUUCCAGCCCGUCGAGAAGGAGGAGCCCGCUGUUGAGUCCCGGUCCAAGCGUUCGGCGGAUGAGGACCAAAAGGCUGACGACGCCACCCUGAUCUCCACCUACGCUGCCCACCCCUUCGGCUACACGGCCGGCUACCCGUACGCCUACAACACGUACCCGACCAUGUACAACAGCGCCUACAGGUUCCCCACCACGUACGGUUACAACGGCUACAACGUCCACCACGGCUACACCCCGUUCGUGCACUCGCUGAAGAAGCGCGAUACCGCUGAGGCGGACCAGAAGGCUGACGACGCCACCCUGAUCUCCACCUACGCUGCCCACCCCUUCGGCUACCCGUACGCCCACGCCGCAUACUCCACACCCUAUGCGUUCCGCAGCGUGUACAACACCCCGGCCAGCACCCACCCCAUCACCUACAACGCCUUCCCCUACGGCCACCGCUCCUAUGUCUACUAG